AUGGCUCAAGAUAAGUCCUUUAUGGGCAUGCCCGGCUUCGUCGUCGACUUCAUGAUGGGUGGUGUCUCCGCCGCCGUGUCGAAGACUGCCGCUGCCCCCAUCGAGCGUAUCAAGCUCCUCAUUCAGAACCAGGAUGAGAUGUUGAAGACUGGCCGUCUUGACCGCAAAUACAACGGUAUCAUGGACUGCUUCAGCCGAACUAUGAAGAACGAGGGUAUCGUCUCUCUGUGGAGAGGAAACACCGCCAACGUCAUCCGUUACUUCCCUACCCAGGCCCUCAACUUCGCUUUCCGUGAUACCUACAAAUCCAUGUUCAACUUCAAGAAAGAGAGGGAUGGAUAUGCCAAGUGGAUGGCUGGUAACUUGGCUUCUGGUGGUGCUGCUGGUGCCACCUCUCUCCUCUUCGUCUACUCUCUCGACUACGCCCGUACCCGCCUUGCCAACGACGCCAAGAGUGCCAAGGGUACCGGUGAGCGUCAAUUCAACGGCCUCGUAGACGUCUACAGAAAGACCCUCGCGUCUGAUGGUAUCGCUGGUCUCUACCGUGGUUUCGGUCCCUCCGUUCUUGGAAUUGUUGUCUAUCGUGGUCUGUACUUCGGCAUGUACGACUCCAUCAAGCCUGUCCUGCUUGUUGGUCCUCUUGAGGGCAGCUUCAUCGCCUCGUUCUUGCUCGGCUGGGGUGUCACCACUGGUGCUGGUAUUGCUUCUUAUCCUCUGGACACUAUCCGUCGUCGUAUGAUGAUGACCUCUGGUGAGGCCGUUAAAUACUCUUCUUCUUUCGAUGCCGCCCGACAGAUUGCUGCCAAGGAAGGCGUCCGAUCCUUCUUCAAGGGUGCCGGUGCUAACAUCCUCCGUGGUGUUGCUGGCGCUGGUGUGCUCUCCAUCUACGACCAGGUCCAGCUCCUCCUCUUCGGCAAGGCUUUCAAAUAA